UUUUGAUUAAUGGGCGAUGAUGGUCUGGUAUUACAUGCAGAUCCUGGGUUAAUACGUGCCAUUACAGCUGAAAGGUGCUCUUUUUUUUUUAAUACACAGAAGAAAAGAAAAAUAAAAAUAAAAAAAACAAUCGACCAUAGCGCAUCUCGUUCGAGACCCUCUACCCGCCCAUCAUGGCAGACUCGAAAUACUCCCACGACACGCGCAUCCCCUCGACCUGCCCCCCAUCGAUCGCGCCCAUCCUGAACCAUGCCUGGAACCACGACCUGGCUUCCCUGAGACCGCUCCUCGACGUCCCCGGGCGCGCCAGCGUCCAAGAACCCACGACCGGCGAGACGCCCCUGCACGCCGCCAUCCGCAACUCCUGCGGCGCCCCCCUCGACAAGGUCAAGGCAGUGCUCGAGGAGCUUUUCUUCAGCGGCGCCAUAUGGAACGAUGUCGACUCCAACAACGAGACCCCCGGCGAUCUGGCCGCCCGCUUGAGCCAGCCCGAGCUGUACCAGAUGUGCGUCGAGGCCGGCGUGCGGGCCGAGCUGCUGUUCGGGCUUCUCGAAGGGUAUGAGGACCUGCCUUCCGAGGCCGAAGACGAAGGCCAAGACGACGAGGAGAUGGACGAGUUCGUCGUUGUCGAGAACGACACUGGCGCAGUAGAAGAGGACGGCGACGAGGCACCCGAGCUUGUUUCCACCGAAGAAGCAAGAGAGCCAGAGAAGGAGGCGGAAGUAGAGGAGAAAGAAGAAGAAGAAGAGGAGGAAGAGGAAGAGACAGAGAUAGUCGAAACGAAUCCCGACCGAGCUUUCCAACCGCCGAAACCCGUGACCAGUGAUGAUCAAGUCAACUCCGAGGAGUACCUGCGCUCGAACCUCACGUACACGGACGGAAAACUGGUUGACUCCUCCUUGAACGGUGUUAUGAUGGCCUGGGAAACCGAGAUCAUGCGAGCAUCCGUCGACACACUGCUUCCGGGCCUGGCGGCCGGAAAGAAGAUCCUGAACAUUGGCUUUGGCAUGGGCAUUAUUGACGCCAUGUUCGCCGAGACUCGUCCCUCGAAACACCACAUCAUUGAGGCACAUCCCGAGGUCAUGGAGCAUAUCAAUGGGCCUGAUUCCAAGUUUGGUGCAGACUGGGCGGCACGCGGUGCCGAGGAGGGCGCAUAUCGGGUUCACCAAGGGCGAUGGCAAGACGUAAUCCCCCAGCUCUUGGAGGCCGGAGAGACAUACGAUGCCAUUUACUUCGACACUUUUGGUGAGGACUAUUCGCAGCUGCGUAUGUUCUUCACGGAAUUUGUGCCAGGACUCAUGGAAGAGGAUGGCCGGUUUGGCUUCUUCAACGGUCUUGGCGCUGAUAGACAAAUCUGCUACGACGUUUACACAAAGGUCGUCGAAAUGCACCUUUCUGAUGCUGGUCUCGAUGUAGAAUGGCAAGAGAUGCAGGUCGACAUGAAAGGCUUGGAAAAAGAGGGGGAGGGGGGUUGGGAAGGAGUCAAGAGGAGAUAUUGGACGCUCAACAUGUACCGUCUACCCACUUGCACCUUUAUGGGUUGAUCCGUGUCCAACGUCUAUCUUGAGAACAUAGCAAUAGAACCAUUCCCAGCAAUGACUGAGGUGUAUUCGGUUCCUGCCUAAAG